GUCCGAGGGGACCGGACCGGUCCAUAUAGGCAUACAUCCGGUUUAAUUUAUCUUCGUAGUUCGUCGUCGUCGUCCCCGCAAAUGGUGCUCCUUGUUGCUGUGAAAUAGAAAUUAGGGUUUAAGGGUCUCGAUCCAGGGAGCGUGGGUGGGAGAUGUCGACCAAAACCCUAGCAAGUGCGGGAGCCGCUCUCCUCAAUCGCUUCUUCUUCUCCAAUGCACUUCACUUCCCUUCGCAUUACCACGCUUCAUUUCUCCAACCCCGGAUCGCGUCGAGCUCUUCGUUGCAACCAUUUUUAGCCAAGUUCGAGAUCCUUCAACCUCCGCAGCAGGGAAGAGGAGGAGCGGAAGCGGCGGAAACCCUAAAAGUGUCGGCGUUGAUUGACGAGUUCUCGUUCCCCUGUGGCCUCCCCUCGCUUCGAUUCUUCAUUGAAGACGGAAAUGAUGCUUUGGGCAAUGAGCCGCUGCAGCUGCUUCCUAAAAGAACUUACCAGCCUAGUCAUAUCAAGCGGAAGCAGACUCAUGGUUUCCUUGCACGUAAGUCGACUAAAGGCGGACGGAAGGUGAUUGCUCGGAGAAUUGCAAAAGAUAGAGCAAGAAUUGCUGUUUAACUUUGAAACCGUACCAACGUUGCUGGUGUUUUGCAUGGUGCGAUACUGUGCAUUCUCUUCCAGCACCCUUAUGUUCGACCACAAAAUGAUUUUUGCUUUUACCUUCUGUGAAAAAGCUGCCAAGUUUUCUUUGCAAGGAAAUCUCCAUCAUAUGCAAGCUUUGGCUUAAUUCUACGCAGUUACUUAGCGUGGUAGUCAGCAGGAAUAGGUGUCGAUAAUGACUCCGCAAUUGUCUUGACUGUAGCUAAGUUCUUAAAUGCUAGUAAAGGAGUUCUUCACCCGCUUUUGAAUUUCCACAUACAUCGAAUGUCGUGUGAUAAAGCUAAAUUGUUUCACGUUUAACUCUUUGAUAUCUUUGUCCCCUGUUAGUAAAGGCGUACUGCUCUUCUGAUGGGUGUUGAGGUGGUCUUUGAUAUUACAUAUUGAACGGGCUCUCUGAAAUACUUUUUGCUUUAGGGAA